UCUAUUUUUUUUUCUUUCAGUUUUUCUUGUCACUUGUUGAUCUAAUUUCUUAAUUGUGUUGCUUAAUUUCCAUUUUUCUUGCUUAGAUAAUUAGUCAAUUAUGUUCACUAAAUUGUUCUUUUCAUCUUCCUCGCCGCUCUACCUACAAUCGAGCCGGUACUUGAGUACUGGUAGACAAUUAAACGGAAUGAAAAUUGAUAAUAUGCUCAUCAUUGGCUGUGGUUUAAUGGGCUCUGGUAUCGCUCAAGCCUCGGCUCAAAGUGGACCUAAUUUUAAAUCAAUCGUCAUCCAAGACGUUAAUCAAACUGCAUUGGACAAAGCUGCUGCCCGAAUCAAGGCCAAUUUGGAAAAGGCUAAAGUGAAAAAUGGUUCAAUCAAUGUUGCUGAAAUCAUGGAUAGGAUAACAUUUUCAACAUCACUUGAACCAAAAUCUACUGAUAAUUUAUUGGUAAUUGAAGCUGUUCCCGAGAUAAUUGAACUUAAACAACAAUUAUUCAAGAUACUUGAUGAUACAUUUAAAGAUUGUCCCAAUGUUAUCCUGGCCACAAACACUUCAUCUCUUUCAUGUAAAGAGAUCGGUGUCAAUGUUACCAAUCAAUCUCGUUUCGCUGGUCUCCACUUUUUUAAUCCUGUUCCUUUGAUGAAAUUGGUUGAAGUAAUUAAACUGGACACAACCAGUGAUUCAACAUUUGAUUCACUUGUUGAUUAUGUUAAACAGAUCGGCAAGGUUUCGGUUAAAUGUAAAGAUACACCAGGAUUCAUUGUUAAUCGGCUUCUAUUACCUUACAUGGCGGAAGCGCUACAAUUAUUGGAAAGAGGCGAUGCCUCAGUUCGUGAUAUCGACACAGCCAUGAAAUUGGGUGCCGGUUACCCGAUGGGCCCCUUUGAAUUAAUGGACUAUGUCGGCCUUGAUACAGUCCAAUUGAUUAACGAUGCUUGGAUCAAGAGAGAUCCUGAUUUGAUUAAACCAUCCAAAUUGUUGAAAGAAAUGGUUGAUUCCGGAAGAAUUGGUAAAAAGUCUGGUAAAGGUUUUUAUGAGUACAAAUAAGUACACCGAUUAAUUAAGAUGCUCUUGAUUAUCGAGUGCAAUUAAUAUAAUAACAUGCCAACAAUCAGAUCGAGCAAAUGAUUAUUACAGUCUAAAGGCUCUUAUUUUGAAAAUUAUCAAUUGAUUUUCUUUUCUAUUGCAACAAUCAAUUUUUUUUAUUGGAAUUAAUCAUUUAAUCUUCUUCUAUAUGUUAAUUCAUAAUUUGUAGAUAAUUAAAUGAUCUUGAUCAUUAAAAAUCUAACAUUUAAUUGAUGUUUUUCCUUUCGAA